AGAAAAAUCAAAAUGGAAUAAAAAAGAAAUGCUGUCAAAAUUUGAUGAAAUUUUAAUAGAAGACUUAAAACCUCAACCGUUAGAAGAAAAGUUAAAAUUGGAUAUAAAAGAUGUUCGCGAAUAUUUUGCUGCACAAAAAUUAGAUUCUGGUUCUGAAGUUGAAAUGGAAGACGCCCAAGAGAGAUUUGAUGAAAUUUUUGAAGAAUUUAAAAAUGAAUUUUCAAAUUGGAAACCGGAUCUAUCAAAUUUGAUAGAUCCAAAUGUAUCUUUUAUGGUUACAAAACAGUGUAAUGAAAUGAUUCAAAACAAACAAAGAAAUGCUCAAAAAUCACCGCCCAGUUUGG